AUGGCAAAUUUGGAUGGAAGCACAACCCUGCACAUUGCUGCAAUCGUUGGAAACAGAGAAGCAGCAACGGUCUUGAUUAAGAAUGACAAACGUUUGUUGGAAAUCACAGACCAUAAAAGUCAAACACAUUUGGAUAAAGCUUAUCAAAAUAUGCAUCUUGACACCAUUGAUUUUUUGUUUAAAGUUGGGUACGAUAUUAUAAAAGACCAGAAAAGGACUCUUCGUUUAGAGGAUUCUGUUAUCCCUGGUCUAAAAUUAGGCAUUAACCUUCUUGUUAAUGCUGUUUCUGCAAAGAAAUAUGAUUUAGCAGCGGAGUUAGUCAAAACUUUUCCAGAGUUUGCUGUGGAAAAUGAUAAUGUACUUCUGGCAAUAGCUAAAACUUUUCAAUGGGGCUGGAUUACUGGGAAACACUUAUAUAUCCAGAUGAGUUCUCAGCAGACUCCAUGGAUUUGA